AUGUCCCUGACAGUGCAAGGCGAACGACGCCGCGACAAGUCUAGAUCAAGGUCGCGUGACCGACGAUCAAGAGAUGAUUCGGAAAUGACGAAAACAUACUCAGACGUGCGAGAAUCAAGCUAUGGUUACCUUGACGAUGGCUAUGUCGACAAAAACGACGGCAAAUACUCACAGCUUGAAGAUGAUCGGCGUCCACCGUAUCCCUCUGAAAGCAGCCUUGAGCCGACCAUGCGCGGAAUUCAAUCAUUCUACCGUUUCGAUGAGAAGCGCUUUUCUCAUAGAGAUGAAUACCAUAGGCCCGAGUCUCCAAAUUCAAGGCCCCUUCCCGGGUCUGUCCCCGAUGAUAAUGAUGAUCAAACUCGCCGAGUCGUGAGAAAGGAUCGUUACAAGGGUCGCAAAGAUGCUCGGGAGUCAAAAUAUAGCAAAUAUGAUGACUAUGACUAUAAAGACAAGCGAGAAAGUCAACGCUCUGAUUUCAAGCGCGACAGGCAAGAUACGAUUGACGUCAGCGAUGAUCGAUUGAAGUACCUACCGCAAAAGUACAGCCAGGCUUACGACGAAGAAGGCGACAGCAGAAGAAGAACCAGGCACCCGCGAUCCGAUUCCGAAGACGAAGCCCUGAUUUAUGGGGGUCCACCUCCAUUUGAACCCCAGACGAGCACCCCGCCGACAUACGGGAGCUACAUUCCAAAAUCAGCUGAUAGAGACAAGCGCAGUUCCAACCACAAGAACGAUUAUCGUGAUGACAGAAGACGCACUCACAGCCCCGAGAGAGAUGAACGGUCGUCUAGAAAGUCAAAAGGUGAUUCUUAUCGAGAGUACUUCAACGACCCGAGGAGCUCCUCCAAAUCGAACACUCUGACUGCGGAACCAACCCGACGCACAAGAGACCGCUCGCAGGAUGCCAGACGAGAUACCUCACGAGGUCCGGCUCUAUUAACGGCCAGGCCCGACCAGCAUGGGCGUGAUAAGUCUUGUGAUAGAUCCCGCGAGAGAUCCCGAGACCGGCGGUCAUCCAACCGCGAAUCCUCGCCUUUGCCACCCACAGGCAGGAUGUCCUCUCUCACAGUUGACACGAACCGCCCUUCCAACUUGUCGCUGGCUGCGGCUCCAGGCUCCCCUCUUCUUGAGUUAUAUCAUGGCACAUACCAGGACUGUUCCCCCAUGCCGUCGCCGCUGCUUCUUGCGUCGCAAGCAGCCUUCAGUACUGAACCCCCCCGAACCAUCGACGCGCUUUCCCCACUCAACUCUGAUGUCGAAGGAGACGGCAGAAAGCGCAACCGCAGAGCUCGUUUCCAUGACCCAGAAGAUAUUGCCUCACGCCUGGCGCGCGCCUUGAAAGGCGAUAGACCGCCUCAUACUGAGCCUCUCAUUGAGAUCCUACCAAGCUUGUCGCACGAUCAAGUCAUGGAGCUGCGGGCGGAGUACAAGCGCAUCGUCAAGACAGGUUCUGAGCGCAAGGGUGUGAAUAUCGCGAAGCAUAUUCGAGCACGACUCAAAGACGAAGAUCCCAUGCUGAUGAAGGCUUGCUACUCUGUGGCUCUCGGAAUGUGGGAAAGUGAAGCCUACUGGGCCAAUUUCUGGUACCAAGGAGACAAGACGCGUCGCGAGCUACUCAUUGAAACACUUAUGGGACGCACAAAUGACGAGAUUCGCCAUAUUAAGGAUGCAUUUACUGACAAGAAAUACGACAACAGCCUUGCGAAAUGCCUGAAAACCGAGCUAAAAGAAGACAAGUUCAAGAAAGCAGUACUAACAGUCCUGGAAGAGCGACGGAUGGAAGAUUUCGACCACUACGGCCGUACACUUCCGUUAGAUUACGAUCUGAUCGACCGGGAUAUUGACGAUUUAAGAAAAGCAGUCAAAGCCGAGAAAGGUGGCGAAUCUUCAAUGAUUGCCAUCGUUUUACAGCGGAGUGAUACUCAUUUAAGAGCAGUCCUGAAGGAAUACGAGCGCCACUAUAGAGGUAACUUUGCGCGCGAGGCGCUCAAGAAGAGCGGAAAUCUUGUGGGCGAACUCCUCGCUCAUAUAUUGAAUGGAAUCAUCAACCGCCCCGUGCGAGAUGCCUUGCUGCUACAUCAUGCACUUACAGCGUCGCGCAAGGACAAUCUACGCCGCGAGCUGCUCGUUUCUCGACUUGUUAGAUACCACUGGGAUCCUGUGCACAUGCAAGCUGUGAAGAAGGCUUAUAGCGAGAGAUACGACCGCGAGCUUCAGGAUGUCGUCCGUGAUGCAACCAGCGGGGAAUGGGGCAUAUUUUGUGCGGAACUGUGCAUCGCGCGAAUGCCCAACCAUGUUCGGCGCAUCGAAAGAGUUGGCGGCAGUGGUCGAUAA